GACAUAUUCAUCAUUAUUCCAAAUGUACAGGAACUUAUAAAUGGCUGUAAAGUUUACUCUCAAAAUCAACAAACAUAUGUUGUAUGUCAAGAACCAACCUUACAUUCUCAAGAAUAUACUAAAACAAAUAAAGAUGAUUUAGAUCUGCUAUUAUUACUUAAUACAAAUCUACUAUCUAAUAAAUCUAGAAAGCCUCGAAUUCUUCGUGGAGAAGUUCUUGUCAAAUGGAAAAAAAACAAAUCUGUAAAAAAAGAUGGGAAUAUGUACUUUGCUG